AUGGGGAAUAUCAACUCUAAGAAUUGUGAUUCAAUUUCAACUAAGAAUUUCAUCAUGGGGAGGUUUAAGAUUGAAGAUCUACCAAAAGAAAUGAUACCAGAGAUAUUGAGUAGGUUACCAACCGAAUCUGUUCUGGAAUGUAAAUUGGUUUGCAAAUCUUGGAGAGAUAUUAUUCAUUUUCCAUCCUUUUCUCAAAAGCACUUGAAUCAUCUUACUUCUGCUGGUGAUUCAGGUAAGUUAAGUUUUGUUUUCUUAAGUCGUUAUCCUACUAAUAUUAAUCCAAUCACUGGACAAUAUCUUAUGCUUGAAGAAUUUACUUAUGCUGAGUAUGAUGAGAAUUCUCAUGAGGCACCCUUUAAUAGAAAAGUAAGAAUCUACAUAAACCUUCCAUUUUAUAGGCAUUCUUUUGCUGGCUCCUGUAAUGGAUUAAUUUGCCUCGACUCAUGGCAUAAAGACAUUUAUGGAGCUACUUAUAUCUUUAAUCCAGUCACCAGAGAAUAUGUUAUUCUUCCAACGUCUGAAGGAUCCAACUACUGGUCUGGAUUUGGUUACAUUCCUUCCACCAAUGAGUACAAAGUUGUCAGGAUAUAUAACUCUUUGGGAGACUCAAAUGUUAGACUUAGAAGUAUCCAGGUUUACACUCUUGGAAGUAGCACUGGAUGGAGAAAUGUGGGAACGAUGGACAGGACUAUGCAGUUUUAUAGAAAAGAUGCUGGUGCUUUUGUAAAUGGGGCACUUUAUUGGGCGGAUGAAGAAGGAACCAUUCUUGCUUUCCAUUUGGCGGAUGAAAAGUUUAGCAAACUUCCAUCACCACCUUGGUUCACACGAUCUGAGAUUCCACCUUUUCCCAUUUCACUAGGGGUUUGA